AUGGAAAUCCCGGCGAUCAACCUCAAGGCGAUAGUUCUAGUUCACUGGCUGCUUACAGUAUGGGGCUCGAUGGCGUUCCUCCCACGGUCGUACGCGUGGGGAAACUUCUCGGUCCUGGCCCUGGGAGUGUGGGCCAUCGCUCACAGAGACUCCAUUGAUGCGGUGGUUAUGUUUCUGAUGGGGACAGUUGGGACCAUAUUGACAGACAUCGUCCACAUUGGCAUAUACUACCCGACCCGAGACCUGGUGAUCCUGGACGUUCUGCGCUUCAGUGCUGGGAUGGCCAUCCUCAACCUGCUGCUCAAACCAGCCUCCUGCUUCUUUGUCUAUCAGAUGUAUAAAGAACGAGGAGGGGACUACAACGUCAACUUUGGUAAGUGGUUCCCCACAGUCUCCAGAACUCGAGAUGAUUACCAGUCCAUAGACCAGCAGGACCAGGAAUCGGCGAGACCAGCCAACCCCUUCAACCAGGCUCAGGACAAACCAGCGCGGGCUUACUAG